AUGUCAACCAUGUGGAGUGCUCUCCAGCAAGCUCAAUACAUUGCGCAUCACCGAGCCGUUCUUCAAGCUGCGCACGUUACUUACCGACAAGCUGUCCUCCAGAACAACAUCCAGGGUCAACAGCAAGCUGUCCAGACUGCACAAAAUGCAUACCAAGCCAUCUACCAGAACAACAAUCUCAGCUUCCAGCAGCCUGCCACCCAUCCUGCGCUCCUCAAUCAUACCUUCCAAAACCCUGGCGCACAACAUACCAUUCAGAACCAUGGCUCCCAGCCUCUUGGAAACCCUCACGCCCAUAAUGCGCCUCUGCAGAACCCUGCCAUCCAGAACGUCACCACUGUCCGCCCCAAGGUAAAACCAGCACUGAGCCGCACGAUCUUACUACUACUGACGUUCCCGGCACAGGCCCCAAGACGCAGGCGCACAACCAGAAAGCCCAAACCCAAGCAGCCGUUGAAGGACGUCCCGUUUCCCUUCAUGGAGCUUCCGGUUGAGAUUCGCAUCAUGAUCUAUAGGCUCCUUCUCGAAGAGACAUCCACGAGUCUCACCCUCCUCACCAAGGGCCAAGCAAGUCAGGAGGUAGUUCGACGUGGUUACCUGGAAAAACAACAAAAGGGUCAUAGAGGAAGACAAAUCCUCUUGAAGACAGUCCACAAAGCCAAGGACAAAGACAUUAUCCACCUCCAGCCAGCCGUCCUCCGUGUAUGCAACUCCAUUCACGACGAGGCUAUACCUAUCCUCUACAGCCAGACCCUGGAGUUCGAGCAUCCUGUUGCUCUCCAGAGAUUCCUCUAUACCAUUGGUCAUGACAAUCGUCUCCUACUACAGCACAUUGCACUGCGCGGCUGGCAGCGCGAUGAGUUCGACACGUGGAAGCAUGCAUUCGCGUCUGCUCUUGAGAGACUCUUGUCUGCCCAGAAGAUCAAGAGUAUCCAUCUAGACCGCCACAUCUACUCUCCCAGCGACGGUGUCCCGCACUACCCCAAUGGAUACGAGAAGCUCCCAGUCGACCACUUUAAUGGAUGCGUCGAGUUUUGGGUUCAGAGCAUCAAUGCCGCCAAGGGCAAAGGCACUGCACGAUCUAUCCUCACCUUCGCCGACCGCAACUUUGGUUCGGAGGACGAGAUCGCCCAGGGUGACCAACAGUUCCUGGACCGCAAGAAGACAUUCAUGGAAAAUCUGAAGCUCGAAUGA